UUGAUUUGAAACCAUUGAAACUCCAUGUUUCAUUUGAAAUUUGAAUUAAUUGAGGUUAUAUUUCAUCUAAUAUUUAACCUGUAGCUCUUACGAUUUGAGUAUCCAACAACAAGAAGAUGAAGCUCACGUUUAAGACUCUACAGCAACAAACAUUCUCCGUUGAAAUCGAGGCUGAGAAAACAGUUCUUGAGUUAAAACAGAAAGUAGAGGAGGAAAAGGGGAAGGAUAAGUUUCCUGUAAAGGAUAUGAAAUUAAUUUAUGCAGGUAAGAUCCUAGCAGAUGAUAAACCCCUUGUUGAAUAUAACAUUGAUGAAAAAAGUGGAUUCAUUGUUGUCAUGAUUGCUAAGUCAAAAUCUGCAACAGCUUCAUCUGGUGCAACAGUUACUGCAACCACAGCCUCUAGUAACACAACAACUGGAACUAAUAAUUCAUCAUCUGGAACAACAGCAACGGCUAGUACACCAGCCUCUGGUAAAGAAGAAGAGAAAAAGGAGGAUAGCGCAAAAUCUACAAGUGAAAGUAGUACAAUAAGUUCCACCACAACAUCAACAACAGCCACAACAACAAGUGACUCAACAACAACAACUCCAGCGACUGCAGAUCCACCAUCUGUAGCAUCAGCAGAAUCAACAUUAGUGACUGGAACACGAUAUGAAGAGAUGGUGACAGCAAUUACAAGCAUGGGUUAUGAAAGAGAUCAGGUUGUUCGUGCACUAAGAGCGAGUUUUAAUAAUCCAGACAGGGCGGUGGAAUAUCUUAUAUCGGGCAUACCAACCGUUCCACAGGAGACGGGAACUGGUGACGAAGCUACUGAAACAACUGCACCAGCCAGUGGUGGAAACAGCGGCGAGAGUCCUCUUGCAUUUCUACAAAACCAACCUCAGUUUGCAUUAAUAAGACAGGCUGUACAACAGAAUCCUGGAUUACUUCCGACGUUAUUACAAGAGCUUGGUCAGUCUAAUCCACAAUUGUUGCAGUAUAUCACCCAACAUCAGGAAGAAUUUAUCAAUUUAUUAAAUCAACCUGUUGAAGGAGGUGGAACAGCUGCUCAACCUGCAAGCACAGGUAAUACUGGCUCAAGUCAACCACCUGCAGGUGAAGGACAGCCAGGUAAUCAGCCCGGCGGGGAAACAGGAACAAGUUACAUUCAAGUUACUCCUGAAGAAAGGCAGGCGAUAGAAAGGUUGAAAGCUCUUGGAUUUCCUGAAGGUCUAGUGGUUCAAGCAUACUUUGCUUGCGAAAAGAACGAAACUUUGGCUGCAAACUUUCUAUUAGAACAAGGCUUUGAUGAUUAACGUUAAUAUACUGCGAAGAAAACAAAGUUAUACCACUAGGAGACGAAAAGGAAAAUCAUAUGAAAUUAUCCAUAUUUUCAUACCGGGACGUAGCGACUGUUAGGAUAACAUCUUCAGAUCUUCUGCGUCCUCGUGACAUUGAUCGUACAAAAAUAACAUAUGAUUUAUGCCGAUGCGGUCACAUAAAGAUCCGUUCAUACAAGGUGUAUCAAAGUAGACCCUUUUAAAUUUAUAUCAGCUGUAUGCUUUUUUUUUCUGUUAAUCCCCGAUACGACAGAUGUAAAGUAGGUAACUGAGCUGUUUCAUUUUCAUCAUAGCUUAUGGUGAGAAUGAAACAGCUCACCAUGGUUAAUUCAGUUUAAUUAAUUAUUCUGUGUUCUGAGCACAUUUUUUGUAACCUUCUUUAGAGCUAAUCUGAAUUUAAAAGCGGUAUACUUUCUGUUUAGACACGCUGUAGUUAAUUUCCACGUGUGCAGGGUUUUCUUACAUUCUUCCCAUGAAGCAAAACUUUCAUAAAUUUUUCAACACAACAAUGGUUCUCUCCAGUCGUCCCAGAGUAAUAAUAUAAAAUAUAGAUUUUCUAUUUGGACACCAUGUAAUAACUGGAUCAAAAAACCAAACUUACAGAAGAGAUUUAAAAGAAGUGCACAUAUGUGUACUGACUGAUAUUGUUAUGGCCUUGAGUGUGAUUUCGGGGUUCUCUGUAUACGUCAGAUUGAUAUGAACUCAACGGAACCGACUACAAAUCUAAAAAAAUUAU